AUGGACGAUACUAUGUCAGAAUGUGUGAUCAUGGAUCAAGAAAAACAGAUUCAUGUUCAUGGUCUUGAAUAUCAAUCAACACCAAGCACAAAUCUACAUAAAACCAAACAGGUUUCUGAAGCAGCAACGGAAAAUCUAAAUGUAUUAUCACAACAUAUAACACCAAUGAAAAAAAUGGUUGCCGCCUGUUUUGGGGCUUUGUUGACUUCUCUCUUUACAACACCAUUUGAUGUCGUUAAAACUCGGCUUCAAUCCCAAAGUCUUUAUAAAGGUUAUUCGUCAUCAGUCACACCGUGUUGUCAUGGAAUAUUCUUUUCACCACAAAAUAUGCAUCGAGAAUUUUAUUGUCGAAUUGAUCCACACGUACCAAACCAAGCUUCUGCGUUUAGUUGUGCUGCAACAAUAAAUCCCAAUCAAUUUGCUGCAAAAAAUCAACUUAAUGAACUUAAUGGAUCAUUAGAUGGCGUCGUUAAAAUUGUUCGUAACGAAGGAAUCGCAUCAUUAUGGAGAGGACUUUCACCAGCGCUUAUAAUGUCUGUUCCAGUAACAGUAAUAUAUUUUGUAGGUUAUGAUCAUUUAAGAGAUACAUUAUGGAAACAUUGGAAAGGAAAAUAUUCAGAGACAUAUUCUCCUUUAUUAGCCGGAGCUAUAGCGAGAACACUCGCCGUAACUUCGGUAUCCCCAUUAGAAUUAUUCCGAACCAGAAUGCAAGGACCUGAAGGUGCUAAUGGUUUAAAAGGAGUAAUGAAUGGUGUCCAGAAAAUGGUUAAAUUAAAUGGGGUAUCAUCAUUAUGGCGUGGUUUGGAACCUACACUUUUACGUGACGUACCCUUUUCAGCCAUUUAUUGGACUGGUUAUGAAAUUAUGAAAAGAAACUUAGGAAAUUAUUUACGAAAAAAUAAUCUUGAAGGAACUGUGAAUAACUUUGAAAUAGCUUUCAUAUGCGGUGCUACAUCUGGAAUG